CGGAAAAGAUAGAAGAUGAUCAACCUAACCCCAAUCCCCAUCACCUCCUGAAGCAAGUUUUAUCAAGAUGUCGAUCGAUCAUUCAAACCUUAAACCAGAAGAACUUCAACCUCUAGACAUGAAGAGAGAGAGGGAAAGAUGUUCUUUUGAUAUGGACGGCAUGACGUGCAUCUUUGCGGGAAAUAGAACAUCACGAGAUCGAUCAAGAUGGCUGAUGGCACUACUAGAAAACCAUCCAGAAAAAGCAUUUGAUAAAUCAAAGAGACCAUUUCAAGGAAGAACAGAAAGGUUUAUGGUCGGACAAAAGAUUGCUUUAGAGUACUUCCAAUUACGCAACCGAUACGGAUUACCAAAAGAAGAUCGUGAUCUUUUACGUUUAUACUUGGAUGAAUAUAUCACUCUACAAGUACAUGAGUCUAUGGGCCAUCCUACUGUUCAAAAUCAGGCCAGCGAACAACAAUGGAAAGAAUGGGGACCAAAGAUCGCUUCAGGUCAAUACUUGGUUUCAUAUGCACAAACAGAGAUGGCACAUGGAAGUGCAUUAGCAGGACUGAGAACGACGGCUACAUUUUGUCCCGAAUCAGAUGAAUGGGAAAUUCAUACACCUGAACCCAGUGCCGGUAAAUUGUGGAUAGGUGGUAGCGGUAGUACGGCUACACAUGCUAUCGUAAUGGCCAAGCUAAUCAUAGAGAACAAAGAUUAUGGCAUGCAUCCUUUCUUCGUAGCUCUACGUGAUCCAGACUCUCACAAACUUCUACCUGGUCGAUAUGCGAUCGAUAUGGGACCAAAGAAAGGAGCACCAAGUAUGGAUAACGGCUAUAUCACCUUCGAUCACGUCCGUAUUCCCAGGAAUACCUUGCUAUCACGCUUUCAAACUGUUGACUCAAAAGGGAAGUAUGAAGUUCAAAAUCAGCAAGGCAAAUUACUCAUUCGUGGAACGAUGACUUUGGUUCGUGUUGGAUUAUGCGAAAUUGCUGCUCAUCAUGCUGCUCGUGCAACUUUGAUUGCAGUUCGAUAUGCCCUAAUAAGAAGGCAAGGUACACCUUUGCCAGGUCAGUCAAAAUUAGAACGUCAAAUUAUCGAUUAUCCUGGUGUACAACAAAGACUGUUCACUGCAAUUGCUAGCUCUUAUGCUCUCACAUUUGCAGCUCGAUAUAUGCGUUCGAUUUACAACGAAUUGCAAUCAGAAUUACAGAGCAAGGGCAACAGUCCUUUGUUGGGUAUGGUACACGGCUAUACGUCCGUCUUGAAACCGGUCAUGACGACGGAAAGUUAUAAUGUGGUAUGGAGAUGUAGGAAAUCGAUGGGUGGCUUAGGUUUCAGCGCUGCAAGUGGUUUGACAGACUUAGAGAAUUCACAACCUGAUGCCAAUUUGACAUAUGAAGGUGACAAUAACAUGCUCCUUGGUGGACCGGCUUCCAACUUUUUGGUGAAAGAACUCAAUGCUUGCUUGAAGAACGGCAAUCGACCUGGAAGAAUAGAAUUGGCUUACCUUUCGAAAAGGCCACGUUCAGGCGAACGCUUUGAAGGAAGCAAUGCCGAUCUCUUAGACCCUCAAAGACAGCUCGAGAUUGUUGGACACAGAGCAGCUAGGCUUGUGUAUGCUCUACAUGAAUUACGCAAUGGCGGAAGCGGUAAACAAGGCGAGGAGAGCACCAAGCCAUACUUGGACGCAAGAUUAGCAGCAAGAGCGUCAAGAGCCCAUGGUGCUUACUUCAUCUUAUUCGCCUUUAAUCACACACUUGCAGCAUUGCAAGAGUAUGCCAGAAAUGGACAAUCGUCGGAAAAGAUUGGCGUGAAUAUCAAGACCGAACACCUCAAAGCUUUGGAGAACGUUCGAAACUUAUACGCUUUGGAAGUAUGCAUUAUGGAUGAUUUGAGUGAAUAUACGCAAGAUGGUUAUUUGGACGAAAAGACAAUUCACUCCAUCGAACGACAUAUUGCCACGAUUAUGCAAACCAUUCGACCUGAUGCGCUUGGUUUGGUAGAAGCAGCAGAUUUGAGUGAUUGGUAUCUAGCCGCUCCUCUUGCAUCUUCUGAUGGUCGUGCAUAUGAUCGAAUGAUCGAAUUCAUGAAAAGUGAGCCAAUCAAUCAAUCUGGUCAUUCUGGAGCAGGUCGUGAUCAAGAUGGCGUAAUAUUGGGAUUCAGACAAACUAUCGGUCGUCUAACGCAUGGUGAAGUGACACCUUGGAAUGAAACAGAAGCAAAGCGAAGGGAAGCAGAGAGACAGAAGGAGCGCACCUCAAAAUUGUGAUACUGAUCUUUUUUAAUGUUAUGUAUGCUGCUAUACAAUGUCAUGCUAUAAUAUCAACAUUCAUGAUAGAAUGAACAGAGGCGGAUCAGAUGACCAUGGCAUGAUGGCGAGAUUGUAAUCACGUGGACAUUGCCUGG